AUGUUACUUCGGCUUCUUCUAAUUAUUCUAGUUUCCAAAUUUGUUGAGUUACGGCCUACAGCUCCAAGAAUUCCAGAUGUUAGUUUGAGUUCUAUUAUUGUUAUAAGCCUUUUCUAAAUGAUAACAAGUUUCAGCUUUUUCCUGAAGUUACUCAAGAUUUGAUUGUUGCAACUGGUCAAGAAUUGGAAGAAAUCAAAAAAUCUAUAUCGAAAAUUCCAGAGAUAAAUCAAACUUUAGAAGGUGAGUAAACAUUGGGAAUUAUUAGAAUAAAUCUCUAUAACCCCUGAAUCUCUGCUCGGGACUGGGGUCGCUGAAUAUGCGACCGUUGUCGCAUAUAUGCGACCAGCCCGUCGCAACUCAGUUUGAAAAGUUGCGACUGCUGCCGCAACGCUGUUUUCAAAAUGCGACCGAGUUUCGCAAAUCUGAGAUGAGAGUGCGACAAAUGUCGCGAAAAAAAAACAUCUGUGCGACGGAAAAAAUUGGUCGCAUUUAUGCGCCACGGAAAAACCUCGUCGCAUAAGUGCGACCAGACAGCGACCGCAGUCCCGAGUGGGCUCAGCUAAACAAAAAUAACUAAAAAAAAUUUAGAACUCGACUCAAACUUUGAAGAUAUCUCAUCUGACUUUGCCUUAAGUUCAAAUGACAUUGAAGAUAAUUGGAAAUCAGCUGGAAGUAGUAAAUUUCGAGAUGAUCACGAUGAUGAACUAACUAAAAUUCAUAAAUCGACAAAAGAUAACAAUCUACCACCUUUCGCUUUUUCCGAAGAUUCUCAAGAUGUGGUAAAUGUUGAUAGUGACGUGGCUGCAAUAAGUUCAUCACAACCUGCAUUUAUAAAACAGUCGUGGAAUUUGCAUAAAACAUCAACCACUACAGAACAACCAAUAACUUCAACUGUUCCAACGACAACAACAACAUCGACUGAAAGACCUUCUACAGUAUAUCCAACAUUGAUGUCAACAAGUUUCACAUCAUCUUAUAAUUCAGCUACUUCCGCUCAUGAAGCUUGGCGACAACAUUUAGCAAAUCAAGGAAUGGUCCCAGCGUUCCGAACAACUUCAACAUCUACGCAGAUCCCAGAAUCAGUAUUCAAUUCGAAAUUGAAUUUGAAGAGACCAGCUAGAGUAACAAUUUUUGGAGCACCAAUGAAAGGUUACUCAAAGAAACGAGCAUAUUCAACUAUUGUGAAAGCUAGGGGAACGAAUCCAAAUUCAGUUCAAAAUCAAACACUUCAUGAACAAAUCCUUGCAACCAGUCAAAUUCUAAACCUUCUUGGAGACAAAAUCGAGACAAUUGAUCAAGCGAAUUAUUUGGGAACAUCGCCAAAAAUUGGAGUUCUUUCGAAUAUUUAUAAUCGAGGUAGACGUGUUCGUCGUUUGAAACAAAAACAAUGGGGAUCAAGUUUGAAGGGGAGAUUAGGGAGAUAUCGACAAAUUAUGGAUGGAAAAGGAAAAUAUAUGACUAAAGCUAUUGUUGAAGCACCAGGAAUGGAUAAAACAAGACAACAUAGUCAUGGAAUUCGAAGGAGAAAGGAGAAAAAGUGAGCUGAAAUUUCUAAUAAAUCCACGUAUGUUUUUAUUCCAGCUUUGCCGAAGCUCUUCUUGAAUCCGAAGAACAAUCAUUCAAACAACUAAAAUCAACGUUGCGUCAAAUUCGAGAUGUUGUCAAACUCAAAUCCGUUCAAACUACCACGGUAUUUUCUUUUGAAAAAAAUAAUUUUAUUCAAUUUCUAAAUUCCAGGAACCAUCUAACGAUUCAUCAUCCUUUGGCGGUUCAUUCGAUUUUGUUAGAAAAUAA